UCGAAAACGUACCAUUUGAUCCGAUGACGGCUGCGUAGGCAUGAAGUCUGCAGAAGUUGUAAACUGCGAGCUAUUAAACGAUUUGCCAACUGACUCGAACCGGAUUAAACCGUAUCUUCUGGAGUUAAGACAAAAAUCUGAAAACGAACCUAUUAUUAAACAGCGCCUGGAUUUAUCAGACAACUUUCUGAUUAGGUUUUUGAGAGCACGAGACUUUGACGUGGAGUUGUCGCUUAAGCUGCUGAUUAACUACCAUAAAUGGAGACAGGAGUGUCCUGAAAUAAGUGCCAACCUGCGGCCAUCCUCUGUAAUAGGCCUUCUGAAAAACAAUUACCAUGGGGCCCUCAGGUCAAGAGACCAUGCUGGAAGCAGAGUCUUAAUUUACCGAAUUGGACAGUGGAAUCCAAAAGAGUUUACAGCGUAUGAAGUUUUCCGUGUCAGUCUCAUUACAUCAGAGCUGAUUGUUAGAGAAGUGGAGACCCAAAGAAAUGGCCUGAAAGCCAUUUUUGACCUCCAGGGAUGGUGCUUUGCUCAUGCUUUCCAAAUAAAUCCUUCUUUGGCAAAGAAGAUUUCAUGUGUACUCACGGAUUCAUUUCCUUUAAAAGUGCGUGGCAUCCACCUGAUUAAUGAGCCCAUAUUCUUCCGUCCUGUCUUUGCUAUGAUCCGACGGUUUCUAUCAGACAAGAUUAAACAACGGAUUCACUUCCAUGGUAGCUCAUACAUGACAAGUCUUUCUGAGCACUUCCCAAAGGCUAUUCUCCCACCGGAGUAUGGAGGUACAGGCCUGAGCAUGGAGGAAGUGUGUCAGGAGUGGACGGAGAACAUCAUGCAGUCUGAGAACUAUCUACAGAGCCUAUCUGUAGAUGUGGGAGGUGGUUCCUCUCAAGGCAGCUCAUGUGGCCAUCACUGAUCAAAUAAAUUCAUCACACCAAAAUGAACUCUUUUGGUUUUAGGUGUUGAAA